AUACACACACCUCCUCCUCCGGGGCAUCUGGGCUCAAUCCAGGUCUGAAACAGGGUCCAGACCGAGACUAAACCAGGUUUAACACAGGACUAAACCAAUACCAGACAACCAGGGAAACCUUUACAGAAACAAAUGUGGAUCUGACCCAGAGACCAAAACACACGUCUGAAGUCUUUUUACAACAGUGUGGACGAGGACUGAGUCAGGACUUCACCCGGAUUUGAACCAGGACUGGACCAGGUGUUGGGUCCUGGGGUCUGGCAGGAUGUUGGAGGUUUCGGUGAAGACGGUGGUGCUGCUCCUUGUCGGGUCGAUGUGCACGAGGACAGAGGCUCAGGAGAGAACGUUCGUGGUGGCGGCUCCUCUGUCCUUCAGGCUGGACGCGGUGGAGAAGGUGGUGCUGCAGGUGUUUGGUUUCACAGAGACGGUGAUGGUUCACGUGUACGUGAAGAAGAGCAUGGCCCAACCACCGAUCCUGCACGAGCACGUGACCCUGAGCGCCCCCAACAUGCACAUGGGCGAAGUGCAGCUACGGCUGUUCCCGGAGCAGGUGGACAAAUCCAUGGACCAUGUGAUCCUCCUCGUCCAAUCAGGCACCUUCAACCAGCACCUGUCUGUGCCCCUGAGCCGCACCAACGGAUUCCUGCUGGUUCAGACGGACAAGCCCCUGUACACACCCCGGGAGAGAGUGAAGGUCCGGGCCUUUUCUCUGAACCAGGAGCUGAGACCGGCCGACCGCAGCGUCUUCCUCACGUUCAGGGACCCGGACCUUGAGAAGGUGGACGUGGUGGAGGUGAAGGACGUCAGUAAUGGGAUGCCGUCGAUGCAGAACCCCUUCAGGAUCCCCAUCAACCCCAAGUUGGGCAUCUGGAGCAUCGAGGCGUCGUACAUGGAGCACUUUGACACAACAGCCAGCACCACGUUUGAAGUCCGAGAAUACGUGCUGCCGAGCUUCACCAUCCUGAUCGAGCCUCAAAAAAACUACGUCAGCCACGACAACUUCCAACGCUUCAGCUUCAGAGUGUCUGCCAAGUAUCUUCAUGGAGGUCCUGUGGCCGGGGGGGAGAUGUUUCUUCGUUAUGGUUUUGUGGGUCGAGCGUCUCCGGUGAUCAUCCCGAGUUCAGUGACACGAGAACGAUUGUCGUCGGAGGGGGACCUGCAGGUCUCUGUGAAUUUACAGACGAUCUUCUCCAUACACGAGACCCACAGGACUCUGGCCGAGCUCAAGGACCAGUUCCUGUACAUCGCCGUGCUCCUGCGGGAGGAGACAGGCGGUAUCAGUCAGGAGGCGGAGCUUCGGUCAGUGAAGUUUGUCCAGAGUCCGUACACCCUGGGCCUGGUCUCCACCCCCCCCUUCAUCAAACCAGGACUGCCCUACAACAUACAGGUGCUGGUGAAGGACCAGCUGGGGGCGCCGGUGAGUGGGGUGCCCGUGCGUUUGGUGAAGAAAAAGAUGCUCAAGCCCAACAGAGAACCAGAGGACAUGUACUGCUCAGACCGGGCCGUCACCCACUCCGAGGGCAUCGCCUUCCUCGUCUGCAACAUCCAGAUGGCCACGCACUCCAUCGACCUACAGUUCGUCACAGCGGAGCCUUCACUCCCAGACCAGAGCCAGGCGUCUCUGUCCCUGACGGCCCAGUCCUACGAGUCUCCAAACGCCCGGUACCUGUACAUCGAGCCCACGGCCAUCGACGUGCCUGUGGGGGGGUUCACACAGAUCACAGUCUACACCGUGGCCCUGCCCUACCUGUCCGUCAAGUCCCUCAACUACCUGGUCAUGUCGAAGGGUAAAAUUGUGAAGCACGGCUGGAUGCCCUUCCAAAGUAUGAUGGAGACCAGGCACACGCUGAAUUUCCAGGUGACGCCGGAGAUGGUGCCAUCCAUCAGGCUGCUGGUUUACUACAUGCCGUACGGAGAGAGGACCUCAGAGCUCGUGGCCGACGCUGUGUGGCUCAACAUCAAGGGCGAGUGCGUCAACGGACUGCAGACGGAGCUGAAGACCCGAGCAACGCACUACAAACCCCAGCAGACGCUUCAGAUGGAGGUGAAGGCCAACGCCAAGGGCUACGUCGCCAUGGCAGCGGUGGACAGUGGCGUCUACAGCCUCCGACCCGACUUCAAAGACCCGGUGAACAGAGUUCUCCGUCACUUCGAGAACGCAGAUCAGGGCUGUGGAGGAGGAGGGGGGAAGUAAAACGCUGCAGAUGUUUUCAGACUGGCCGGACUGAGCUUCAUGACCAACGCCAACUCUGGACAAGCGCCAUCUGGUGAACCCUGCACGGCCCUGGUCCGACCCAGACGAUCCAUAUCGGAGGAACAGGUCAACAAAAUCUUGGCCACAUACAAAAUUGACGCGGUGAGGAAUUGCUGUCGGGAAGGAAUGAAAAACAUCCCGUCGUUUGAGACCUGUGCAGAGGCGGCGAACAGCAGGUACGCCAAGAAGUAUCGCCUGUGCCGCGCCGCCUACACCGACUGCUGCAACUUCGUCUUGAAGUCCCUCAACCCAGAUCUGGUCCUGGGCCGGGCAGAAAUGGGAGGAGACUUUGGAAACGUCCCGACUCUGGUGCGGAGCUCGUUCCCAGAGAGUUGGCUGUGGCAGGUCCGCGCCAUCACCCCGGGCUCUCUGUCUCUGUCGGAGAAGCUUCCGGACUCGCUGACGACUUGGCAGAUCAAAGCCGUGGGGAUGUUCGACAACGGUAUUUGUGUGGCCAAAACGGCGGAGGUGUCCGUGAACCUGCCCCUGUCGGUGGACGUGCCCCUGCCGUACCAGAUCGUGAGAGGAGAACAAGUGCAGCUCAAAGGCUCAGUGUACAACCACCUCAGCGACCCCAUCAAGUACUGUGUGACUUUGACCGUGGGGCCCGAGUUGUGUCUGGCGGAGUCGGAGGCAGUGGCGGGGGAUUUGGGGCAUCGCUCGUCCUCGUGCGUGGAGAAGAAGCUCUACGGCGGCAGCGUGGGGGAGGUGAGCUUCACGCUGAUGGCCCUGGAGCCGGGCUCUCACAAGCUCACGUUCACCCUGCGCGAGGGGCCCAUCGAGGGCCGCCGGAGACUCAUGCCCCGGGACACGCUGGUCAAAACUCUCACUGUGGUGCCUGAGGGGGUGCUGAAGGAGGAGAUGGUGGGAGGACGCUUGGAUCCACGUGGACUUUACGGUGCGGCGAAGAUGAAGGUGGAGCUGAAGACCGCUGUGCCUCAGAACAUCGUCCCCAACACUGAGGUCCAGAGGGUCCUCUCCGUCCACGGUGAGCUCCUGGACGAGUGGGUGUCGGUGGUGGAUAACCCGGACGGGCUGAAGAAGCUGCUGUCUCUGCAGGACGGGUCGGCCGCCUCGGAGCUGGGCGCGGUCCUGCCCGUGCUCCACGUCUACAACUACCUGGAGACCACCGGACGCUGGCACAUCCUGGGCCCCGAAAACCAGAAGAGCUCCGAGCAGCUCAAGUCUCGCAUCAGACAGGGUUUGAUUGGAGUGAGUUCCUACAGAAAAAAAGACUCCAGUUACAGCAUGUUUAAGAACAAAGAGUCCAGCACCUGGCUGACCUGCUGCUGGCUCGUGCAGACGUUGGCGAUGGUGAAUGACAUCGUUCCUGUGGAUCUCCAGAGUUUGGGGGAGACGGUGAACUGGCUGAUCCACAACGCCCAGAAACCCGACGGCUCCUUCCAGGACACGUCGCUCUACAAACCCAACAAGAUCAUGGCGCUGCCUCAGGACAAUGUGGAAAAGUCGGUUUACCUCACGUCGUUUGUGAUCAUCGCCCUCCACAAAGCCACCAGGAUCCAGAAGGACGCGCUGCAGCUCCAGAACCAGGAGGACAGUAUCCAGUCAGCCAUGAAGUUUGUCCACAAGAACAUGGCGGCGGUGCAGAAGGUCUACGUUCUGUCUGUGGCGGCGUACGCCCUCACGCUGCACGACGCCGACAGCCUCACCACCAACGACCUGCUCACCCGCCUGGAGACGCUCGCCCGCCAGAAGGGAAACCCCCCCGAGCUGAGGUACUGGCAGGAGCGGAAUGUGCAGACGGAGUGGCUCAAACCGGACGAGAGCAGCGCCCAGACAGUGGAGACCACAGCCUACGCCCUGCUCAGCUUCUUGCGCAAGGGCAGAUUUCAGUACUGUAACCCCAUCGUGACGUGGCUGACCCAGGACCAGCACUACGGCGAGGGCUACUUCAGUUUACAGGACACCCUGAUGACCCUGGAGGCCGUGACCCUGUACGCAAACCGAGUGCCCCGGACUGAACUGGACCAGAGCAUCCGGCUCCACUUCAGCCGCGAGUCCCACCUCGACCGAGAAGUUCACCUGACCAAGAGGGCACCUGUCACCACGCCCAUACAGAUCACUAAGAACAGUGGCGUGACGGCGAGCACGGCCUUUGGUCUGGGCGUCUCUCAUGUGAAGCUGAAGACGGUUUACUAUCAGACGGUUCCUCCUGAGAAAAACUGCAACUUCAACAUCAGAAUGGAAAUCUUCAAAUCAGGAAAAAGCGAUGAAGGCCUGGAUGCUCCUCACCUCAUCGCCUGUGCACAGUUCAAGCCGCCUCCUGGGGAGCCGGAGGAGUCUCUGCUCACGGUGAUGGAGAUCCAGCUGCCCACCGCCAUCGAGCCCCUCCUCGACGACCUCCGACCCCUGAGGGACCGAGACGACCCCAUCGUCGCCUCCUACAGGAUGAACAAGAGAACUGUGUUUAUCAACCUCUACUCCGUGCCCUCAGAACGGUUCAUCUGUGUCGGGUUCCGGAUCAGAACGGCGUUUGUUGUGGGCGGAGCCAGUGACACUCUCUUCACUGUGUACGAGGAGCAGGACCAAGCGACCAAAUGCACUAAACUGGUGUCUGACCAGGAGCAGAAGAUCCACAGACUCUGUCAGUUUGACCAGUGCCAGUGCGUCACCGCGGUCUGCUCGAGCUUCAGAGGGACUGUGGACUCGUCCGUCACUGAGGCGAAACUCAACCAGGAAAUCUGCAACUCGAAGGUCAAAUACGCGUACAAAGUGACGGUGACCGACCUGGUGUCAGAGGGAGACUUUUUGACCCACAGAGCCACCGUAGAGGAGGUCAUCAAGAGUGAAGGAGACUUCGGCUCGGUGAGUGGAGGGUCUGAGGUGGACUUCAUAAAGAAAACCACCUGUAGCUCUGUGGACCUGCAGAAGAACCAGCAGUACCUGAUCUCAGGCUCCUCCGGCCUCGAGGUGGUCCACAACCAGAACUACAGGUUCCGUUUCCCUCUGGACUCUGAGGCUCAGGUCCAGGUGUGGCCCUUGGACUGUGGACCAGAGUGUAACGAGCUCGUCAAGUUCAGCGUCCUCACACAGCUCAGCGGAUGUUAAUGUCUCCUCCUCCUCAGCUCCUCCUCCUCCUCCUCUUCCUCCUCCUCUUCCUCCUCUUCCUCCUCAUCUCCUCCUCCUCUUCCUCCUCAUCUCCUCCUCUUCCUCUGUCUCCUCUGUUUGUUUCUAAACAUCUCCAGUUUACAUUGUUUUACAUCUUCAUUUAAUGUCAGAAAAGCCAAAACUUUAAAACUGGACUGAAACUGGACUAAAACUGGACUAAACCAGGUCUAAAAACUGGACUAAAACUGGACUAAAACAGGACUAAACCAGGAUUAAAACUGGACUAAAACAGGACUAAAACUAGACUAAAACUGGACUAAACUAGGACUAAAACUGGACUAAAACUAGGACUAAAACUGGACUAAAACAGGACUAAAACAGGAUUAAAACUGGACUAAAACAGAUCUAAAAACUGGACUAAACUAGGACUAAAACAGGACUAAAAACUGGACUAAAACAGGAUUAAAACUGGACUAAAACUGGGACUAAACCAGGAUUAAAACUGGACUAAAACUGGACUAAACUAGGACAAAAACUGAACU